GCAGGUGUCGGCCUUCAUUUUCUCCUCUAUUGAACAAAAACUAGAAGAUCCAUGGAGAUUAGACCCUCUCAAAAUUAAUUAUCCAUAGUUCCACAAAUCCAGGAAUUCCAAAUCUCUCUUUUGGAUAAGAAGAAGAUCAAAUUUCUCUCUUUCUCUGUCCCAAAUCCAUCUGUAUUUAAACAGCUCUCCUGAUGAGUUCUAUUUUGUGUCAAAAAGGGAUUCCUUCAGUUUCCUGUUCCGCAUCAACUUCUACAUAGUUAAUUUACUUAGCUAUAUCUUUUGUUUUGCCUUAUGGACUAUUACUUGAAAGAAGUGGAAGGCAAAAGAGUCCAUGACCCCUUCAACAAGAAAAUGGCCAUAUCACCAAGUAGGUGUAUAUGGGUACCAGGAGCUCUUAUUGUUGGUGCUGGUCCUUCAGGUUUAGCUACUGCUGCAUGUCUUAAAGAAAGAGGUGUUCCUAGUUUAAUUCUUGAAAGGGCUAAUUGCAUAGCUUCUCUAUGGCAACUCAAAACUUAUGAUCGUCUUCGUCUUCAUCUUCCUAAACACUUCUGUGAGCUUCCUCUUUUGCCUUUCCCAUCAAAUUUCCCUACCUACCCUACAAAACAACAGUUUGUGGGUUACUUGGAAUCCUACACCAAAUUUUUUGGUCUCGAACCAGUCUUUAAUAACACAGUUGUCAGUGCAGAAUUUGAUAGUCGAUGUGGGCUUUGGAAGGUUAAGUCGUCUGGGCUUAAAGAGGAAGAAUCUGAAUAUGUAUGCCAAUGGUUAAUCGUUGCCACCGGAGAAAAUGCGGAUGAGGUUGUGCCUGAUAUUGAAGGAAUGGCUGAUUUUCAAGGACUUAUAAUGCAUACAAGUUCCUAUAGGAGUGGCGAAGUCUUUAGAGGAAAGACUGCUUUGGUUGUUGGAUGUGGCAAUUCCGGUAUGGAGGUCUGUUUAGAUCUCUGCAACUACAAUGCUUACCCUUCCAUUGUUGUUAGAGACUCGGUGCAUGUCCUGCCACAACAGAUGCUCGGAAGAUCAACUUUUGGAUUAUCCAUGUGGCUGCUAAAGUGGUUUCCUUUGAAGCUUGUGGAUCAAAUUCUGUUGUUUCUUUCAUAUUUCUUGCUUGGUGAUACUUCUAAACUUGGCAUUCAUCGCCCUAAACUUGGCCCCCUCCAACUCAAAAAUACCGCUGGAAAAACUCCUGUUUUAGAUGUUGGAACUCUCGCUAAGAUCAGAACUGGAGAGAUUAAGGUUUUCCCAGAAAUAAAGAGAGUAAUGCGUGGUUCUGUGGAGUUUGUCGAUGGAAGGAUUCAAGAUUUUGAUGCUAUUAUUCUAGCCACAGGUUACAAAAGUAAUGUGCCUUACUGGUUGAAGGAGAACAAAAUGUUUUCAAAGAAAGAUGGAAUGCCCCACAAUUCAUUCCCAAAUGGAUGGAAAGGUGAAAAUGGACUGUAUGCAGUAGGCUUUACGAAGCGUGGCCUGCUUGGCGCAUCUAUUGAUGCAAGAAGAGUCGCACAAGACAUUGAGCUUCGCUGGAAAGCUGAAGCUACAAGUUUCAUGGCCAGUGCCCGUGCAUUGCCUCAGCAAUCAUGACUCCAGGGAAACAAAAACCAAAAAAAAAAAAAAAAAAAAAAGCAAAAAAGAAAAAAAUUCCUCUCUCUUGAGUGAAGAUCCAAGCAUGCAGGAAAUAAUAGAACGAGAAAGGACAAGUUGUCUUUUUAACUUUUCGUAUGCACAGAAGCAAGCUAGGAAUGCUACAGAAAAAUUAAAGAUGGGUUUUGGGGGGGGGUGGGUUGAGAUUAUUAUUGGUUUUUUGAGGCAGGAGAAAAUUCUCAACGUGUGUACAUAGCUUGUGCUUUUCUUAAGAAACAAUUUUUUAUAUUCGCUAGUUUUCUGUUAUUAGUUUGGUAAAUAUUUAUAACAAGGGAAGGUUUGGUUUUGCAA